AUGGGAAGUGGGUAAGCUUGUCAACACCUCAAACGCAUCGCAGGUUCAGUAGCAUUGAUGGACGGGACACUCUGUGCACCUGCAUUCAAGUGCAGUUAACACGGGUAGCAGCAGUUUACCAGUUAUAAAUCCACAAAGCUGAUGAAAGUAUGGGCACUAAGGAUUGCUACUGAUACUCCACUCGCCAAUCACUCCCACUUAAAGCUAGGCAAUUCCCAGGCAAUUGGGUACUGGCUUGUCCUCGGACUGACUCUUCUGUUCGGGUGUAUGGAAUACUAGCAUUGCUAGGAGUCGUUGCUGUAAUGACAACACCCACUGAAACAAAAAAGGAAUAUAAACAUGGAGCAUCUGCACAAUAAUGCAAGGCUUUCCUGAUACCUGUGAAAACUUUCAAGAUCCAUGCAAGUAUCUGUUAUUCACUUCAAAACAGCCAAGCCAAAUUAUUGCUAUCACAGCCUUGCAAGAAAACCAGGCAGCCAGAGUGUUCAAUUCAGGAGGAAAAUCACAAAUUUUGUGGAAGGGAAAGGAUGUUUUCAGUUCCAGACAACAUGGUGUGGGCUUUGCUAUUUGUAUUGAUCUACUACACACCACAGAAAUCCCGAUAAGGAUCUCUAAAUACAUUGUGGCUUUAUACUUGUCAACUAGCAGUGGACCAAUAACACUAGUAGCUGUGCAAACCCCGAUGAUGGCCUUGUCUGUGGACUUACAAGAUCACUUUUAUGAACAUCUCAAUAUGAGUGCACCCUCAGGAUUGUGUGCAUUCUAGGUGACUUCAGUGCUCAUAUCUGAUGUGAUUCAGCCACUUGACAAGACUGCAAAGGCAUACAUGAAAAUGACGAUUUAAGUGAGAAUGGUUUAAGACUGCUUGAAUUCUGUGUUAUGUGCCAGCUGUGUAUAUCAGGGACACACAAUUGAAAGCCACGACCAAGCACAAGGCUUCCUGGAUGCACGUACACUUCAAAUAUUUGCAUAGGCUAGAUCUUAUUUUAGCCAAGAUGAAAGAUACCUGCCAUUUUCUCCACAUGCUUCCAUUUAUAGUGCCUAUUGACACUGAUCAUAUACUGACAGUGACAAAAGUGUUUUUUGUGGCAGUAGAAGUUAUAAGACUAAAGCAUCAUUUUUUGUGCAUAUUAUUUUAAUGAUAAAUAGAUUAAAGAUUUUACCUUUUGGUUCAAGGCCUGCAGUGACCUGAAGAAAACUGGAAAAUCUGGUCUGCCAAAGUGGGUGACUGCUUGUAGACCAGUGAACAGUGAGUGGUUGCAUAUUCGCUGGAAGUGCCUUUCGCAGAUGUACUGCAAAUAAGAGAAUUCCAGAGCAAAUACACUGAAUCCUGUUGCUGAAAACUGCAAAAGCUGCACAGAAAAGACUGCACAUUUGGAAAUUAUGUCAUGGUAAACAACAGAAAACCCCACAACACCUCCAUCUAAAUGACAAGAUGCAGUUUUGGACAUAGCCAAGAGGAUUCAUUAGCUCUUAUGAUGAUCUGAAGUGAUUCCUUACCUCAACAUGAGAAGACUGUUAGUGCACUCCCAAGCACAUACAUCGCAGUGAAUAAACAGAGCAGCUGCCAGGAAAUGGAAGACCCAUUUCCUUCCUGAUGCUUGCUUAACUGCAGCAACUGAUUAGGACAGUGAUAGAUGGAGGGCUUGUGAGACAGUGUCUAGUAUUCAGUGAAAGCCAUAGUAGUAUGUUAAAAUAACGUGCACAUGGAAGAUUCACAAUGAAUAAAAAUGACUGUGAAGGCAUUCAGUUUGAAGCCAAAAGUGACCACUUUUGCAAUUUUAUCAAGACUGUUUGUACUUACCUUGUCAUGUCUGUCUAAUAAUUUAAUACCUGAUCACAAUUCCGAUGCAUUUAUUAGUCCAUCAAAUCCUUAUGAAAAGAAUGCCACAGUCUGUGAUAGUAUUGUCAAUUUCCUCUUUGGUGGUAUUAACCGCUGGGAUGCCCAGUAUUUUUUGCACAUUUCUCGGUAUGGGUAUACAUUUGAAAAUUGCCUUGCUUUCUUUCCCACGUACCCAAUCCUUACACAUCUGACAUCGAGGAUCUUGUAUAUUCCUCUCUCAAUCAUUCUUAAUGAAACAUCUGUAACCACUUUUUGUGCAGUUGCCAUUAAUUUUUACUUUUUUGUAAAGGCUGCAGAAGUAUUAUAUGAUUUGACUGAAAAACUGUUCAAGAAUUGUCAACUGGCUUAUGUUGCUUCUAUAAUGUUUUGUGUAAAUCCUGCCAGCAUCUUCUUUAGUGCACCAUACUCUGAAACACUAUUUUCCUUCUUUUCGUUUUAUGGGAUGUACUUAUCUGUUUCAGAUCAUGGUAUUCUUUGCAGUGUGCCUUUAGGUCUUUCUGCAUCGGUGAGAUCCAAUGGGAUAUUAAAUACUUGGUUUCCAUUAUUCAAAAUUGCCAAUAAUGUAUUCCAAAGAUUAUCAAAUAAACUCAAAUCUGAUAAAAGAAUUGUGAAGAGGACAGAUGUAAUAGAUGCAGAUGGUUCCUUCUUGAAUCUGUUCUUGAAGGCUGUGUUAGUGACUGUUAUUUCAUUGGCACCAUUUUUUGCAUUUCAAGCAUAUUGCUAUUCCAAAUAUUGCAAAGCUGAUACUUAUGACAUCGCUGCCUUCUUAGCCAUAUUUGCACAUGAGAAAGAUUUUGUCUUGCCUGGCUCAAGAUAUCUUCCGUGGUGUGACGACAAACUCAUUCUUCCUUACAUGUAUGUGCAGCAACAUUACUGGAAUGUUGGUUUCUUGAGAUACUACGAAUUUAAGCAGAUCCCUAAUUUUAUUCUUGCUGCUCCAGUUAUAUUCCUAAUAUUCACAAUGACAUUUUGUUUUGUGAGCUUACACAUGAACUUUAAUAUACGAUUUUUGAACUUAAAGGUAGAGUCUAGUUCAGGUAUGCCACUGAACAUUCUCCCUUUUAUUGCUCAUGCUGCUGGACUGACAAUAUUUUGCUUACUAAACAUUCAUGUACAGGUGACAACUAGAAUGGUAGCUUCAUCAAGCCCAGUACUGUACUGGUUUUCUGCAUAUAUUCUAACUGGUAAACUCCACAUCUCAAAUGAAGCCUGCAAGAAACAAGAUAAAAAAGAUGUAUCACAGAAAAAAACAAAAUCAGUUGAGUUUGAAACAAAAUUUGAAGACUGGUGGAACAUUUUGUUUGUGACUUUUGACAUACCACAAAAAAUGUUUUCAAAGUUUAUCAAAAUUUAUUUCAUAUCUUAUUUAAUCAUUGGAACCAUACUUUUCAGUAACUUUUAUCCAUGGACUUAAAAGGUUCUUAUAAAUAGAAAGAAGAUUGACUUUUUUUUCUUUCUUCCUUAAUCAAAUGAACAAAUGAGAACAUGUAUUUCAUUGUAUCAUUACAUUAAAAUUCAUGUCAAUUACUGGUGAGAAACAGUAUUUACUUUUAAUUUAUGGACAUGUAAAGCACUCUUGUUCUCAAGACAGUGGUGACCAUGGACAAUGAAUAUGGUAUCCAGUCAAAGAAAUGCUUAAGAGCCUUGUGAUAAUCAUAAACUUGAAAACUAUUAUUCUUAUAUCUGAUAGUGAUUUGUUACAGAAUACUUGUAUCUUUGCAGGAAUAGGCAUUAGAAUAAAGAACAUACAACAGGA